AACGCCGCACGAGUGCACGUACCUAUGUCUCCCCUCCAUCUUCUCCACCACCCUUCCAAACUUGGCAAACGCUCCUAAUCGCCCCCAUUUUCCCCCGUUAAGCCCGCAGCCAGGCCGGCGAGGCUGCGUGCAUGCAUGCGGCGACGUCGGCCGGCAGCAUGGCCUCGAUCGAGCUCGGGCGCGCCGGCGCUGGCGCCGGCGCUGGCGCCGGCGCUAGUGGCAGCGGGAACGGCAUCGGCAUCGGCCGCGGCGGGCCCGCCGGGACGACGUCUAAGAAGCGGCUCGUGAUGAUCAUCGCUGACCCGGGCCGCGAGUCCACGGCGGCGAUGGACUGGGCACUCUCCCACGCCGUCGUCGAGGGUGACGACAUCCUGCUUCUCCACGUCAACAUGCCGCCGAGCGGCGCCCCCGGCGGCGCGGCCCCUGCGCGAACCGGCUCCGUCGGCAGCAGCAGCAGCUCCCAGCUGGCCGUGUUCCUCGGUGGCGGGGGCUCCGCGGACGGGGAGUUCAUGGAGACGAUGCGCGCCGCGUGCAAGGCGCGAUACCCGCGCGCUAGGGUCCACGCGGAGCGCGUCGAGCCGGCAACCGAGGGCCGCGAGGCCAAGGCCCAGACCAUCCUCGCCGAGUCCCAACGCCGCGGCGUCGAGCUCCUCGUCAUCGGUCACCACCGCUUCUCCGCCUUCCUCAGGUUGCGGAGCGCGAGCGGGACGAGCCGGCCGAGACACGACAGCACGGCGGAGUUCUUGAUUGAGCACAGCAAGUGCCUGUGCGUGAGCGUUCAGAAGAAGGGCAAGAACGCCGGCUACCUGCUCAACACAAAGACCCACAAGAACUACUGGCUCCUCGCAUGAACAUGUACAUACACGUGCCCAUCGAUUAGACUGAUCGAAAUUACAUUUUUCAAUUAUCGCGUGCGUGUACCGCAUGUUAAUUUAGAGAAAUGAAUGUUCGAUUGCAUCGAUGA